AUAGAUUCUAUCAAAACAAAUCAUUAUCCAUUCAUAAAUACCAGGUGCUUGUCUUUUGUGCUUACCUCAAGUAACAAAACUUACUAUAAAUAAACUAUAUAUUAUAUUCAGCUAUUCGACCGAUCAUAAUUUGAAGCACAAUAUAUAUAAAGUUUCUACCUCUACAAACUACUGAAUAUUUCUUUGCUCAAUUAUCAAUCAACCAACCUUGUGAUCUAUCUCAAACCGAAUUAUCAAGCAGUGUGAAAUGGCUGGCAUAACAGAAAACGGAAGAAGAAUCAUGGUAGCUAUUGAUGAAGGAGAAGAGAGCAUUUAUGCUCUCACAUGGUGCCUCAAGAAUUUGGUUUUUCAAAAUUCCAAAGAUCACCUUAUCCUCCUCUAUGUUAAGCCUCCUCGUGUUGUUUAUUCUGCCUUUGAUGGCACAGGAUACCUAUUCUCUUCUGACAUAACGGCAACCAUGGAGAAGUAUAGUCAACAAGUUGCUGAUUGUGUUUUGGAGAAAGCCAAGAUAGUCUGUAAUGAUGUCCAAAAUGUGGAGACGAGGAUAGAGAAUGGUGACCCUAGGGAUGUAAUAUGUCAGGCUGUUCAAAAAAUGGGUGUUGAUAUCUUGGUUAUGGGAAGCCACGGCUAUGGUGUCAUCAAGAGGGCUUUCCUUGGAAGUGUGAGCAACCACUGUGCACAGAAUGUGAAGUGCCCUGUUUUGAUUGUGAAGAAGCCAAAAUCAACCACUGGAGGAGAUAAUUAAGAUCUAAUAAUCAUAUUUCCUUAUUUUGUUUUUUUCUUCUUGUAAAUAAAUAUACUACUUUCCUUAUUGCUAUUGCUAUGAACAUGUCCUUUGGGUUGUGCGUGUCUUGUUCCUUCAUCUUAGAAGGAAUAUAUCUUUUCAAAUAUUAAAUGAUAAAGGUUAAAGUGGCGUGUUUAUUUAUAAUUAUUAAAGUUGGCUCUUUGUUAUUUUUUA